AUGUCUAGUGAUUUACCAGGUGGUACUCAACCUGGAUUGGGAGAUAAUCCAUAUCGCCAAAUGGUUUUGGAUGCGGCUGGAUCAAAUUUUGGCAAGGGUUCAUCUUCGCAGUGUUAUAGAAAUAUCAAACAUGAGUCACCUUAUCAUUAUGAACCUUUAAUGGAGGAAGUUCCUGAUCUUUCAAUGGAAGAGGAACCUAAUCCUGAUUCACAAAGGUUUUAUGAUUUGCUACAAUCAGCUGAUAGAGAAUUGUAUCCUGGUUCUUCCUUCUCUCAGCUCGCAUUAGUUUCUAGGAUGUUAAAUAUCAAAAUGGAGAACACUUUGUCACAGAGGGGUUAUAAUCAAAUGAUGCAACUAUUUAAAGAGGCUUUACCUGAAGCUAAUCAUGUGUUGGAUAAUUAUUGUCAUACCAAGAAGCUAGUAUGUAGCUUGGGUUUACCUGUUAAAAAGAUUGAUUGUUGUAAUUCAGGAUGUAUAUUGUAUUGGGAUGAUGAUAAAGAUCUAACAUCUUGUAAGUUUUGUGGCUAUGAGAGGUAUAAACGCCAUGUUGGUUCUCGAUGGAGUACCAGUGGCAAUUUAGCAUGCCCUUAUUGUAUGGAUGAACCACAAUCCUUCAGAUUACAUUAUGGUGGGAAAACAACUUGGUUUGACAGUCAUAUGAUGUUUCUUGAUCAAAACCAUCCAUUUAGGAAAGAUCGUAAAAACUUUCUUAAAGGUCAUACUGUUACAAGAUCGUCACCACCUGUUAGAACGGGACAAGAAAUUCUUAAUCAUAUCUGUGAGUUGGGGAUAACGAAGGUAACUGAUUUAGAUGUUGAAGAAGUUAAUAAGAGAUUAUGUAAGUCCUGUGGUUGGAAAAAACGAAGCAUCUUUUGGGAUUUGCCUUAUUGGAGUUCUAAUAUGAUACGACAUAAUCUUGAUGUCAUGCAUAUUGAGAAGAAUGUGUUUGAUAAUGUAUUUAGUACAGUUCUUAAUGUUGAUGGCAAAACCAAAAAUGAUCCCAAAGCACGUCAGGAUGUUGCAAAAUACUGCGAUUGGUCACAGUUAGCAAGAAAUCCUGAUGGAAGUUAUCCCAAGGCUGCAUAA